CUCACCACUUCUACCUUCACUCUCACCUCUCCGCUCCGUCCUCUCCAUCAUCUACUAACACAUAUCAUCUCACACUCUCUCGUUCAUCUCCAUUUCUGGGUCCUUCUCACUCACUCUUGCAGACACACACACACUUAUGGUGAUUGGCACCCAAGGACGGAGCACCCUCUCUCUCAAACAGGCUACCACCGCCUGUGGCCAGGCUUUUUGACACUGAGCUCAGCUGAGGAAGAGGACGAGGCCAUGGAGCACAGUCACAUCUUUCCUGUUUAUUCUCCGAACGACAGCAGCUGGAGUCCCGGGCAGCCCGGGGGACCCCAAGGGUGCCCCCUCGGACCACUGCCUGUCAUCUACUACAGCAUCCUUCUCUGUCUUGGCCUUCCAGCCAACAUCCUGACAGUGGUCAUCCUGUCCCAGCUGGUGCUGCGCCGUCAGAAGUCUUCAUACAACUAUCUCCUGGCUUUAGCCGCUGCCGACAUUCUUGUCCUGCUCCUCAUCGUUUUCGUCGACUUCAUAUUGGAAGACUUCAUCUUGGCCACUCCUCUGCCUCCAUCCAUCAAUAGCGCGGUGCAGGUCCUGGAGUUCUCCUCCAUCCACACGUCGAUCUGGAUCACCGUUCCGCUCACCAUCGACAGAUACAUCGCGGUUUGCCACCCGCUGCGUUACCACACGGUGUCCUACCCUGCACGCACGCGCCGGGUGAUACUCGCCGUUUAUAUUGGUUGCUUGCUGUCGGCGGUUCCGUAUUAUUGGUGGCCUGAGCUUUGGCACAGUUUGUCUGGUGCUGGAAGAACUGGUGGGACUGAGAGCAACAAAAGAACCGUCGCCCAGCACGUCCUGGUGUGGGCUCAUUGCGCAACCGUCUACCUCCUCCCUUGCACCGUCUUCUUCUCCCUCAAUGCCAUCAUCGUCCGAAAGCUCCGCAGACGCCGUAACUGCUUCCGACUCCGAGGAUACUCCACUGGCAAAACCACCGCUAUCCUCCUUGCUAUCACCUCUUUAUUCGCCGUCCUGUGGGCACCACGCACCCUUAUGAUCCUCUACCACUUCUACUCUUCGCCUCCGGCAUCACCAGGUGCCGGCCGGCUCCUCCACAUGCUCACCGACCUGGCCAACAUGUUGGCCUUGCUGAACACGGCGGUCAAUUUCUUUCUCUACUGCUUCAUCAGCAAGCGUUUCAGGGGGAUGGCGGCGAACGUCCUGCGCGCGCUGGUCCACUGCCGGAAGCAGCCGACGCCAUUCUACGCCAGCCACAAUUUCUCCAUCACAAGCAGCCCUUGGAUCUCACCAGCCAACUCUCACUGCAUCAAGAUGUUGGUGUACCAGUACGACAAAAACGGAAAGCCUAUAUGCAUAUCGUCCUGAGCACCACCAGCAGACGCCCCUUGAGUAUGUCUCCUUGCCAACCAGGUUCAUCCUGAAGAGGCUCGACUUGCUCGGUUGAAGCAGUUAGCCGUGAAGCAAGAUGACAGCAACGCAAAAAAAAAAAAAAAGUUAACCGACCAGUAAGACUCAGAUUGUAAAGACUGACAGCUCAUGAGCAAGGCAGCGAGGUAGAUCUGGAUCCAUGCAUCCGCCAUCUGGUGACGUCGGUUUUUCAAUCGUCGCCCUCGGCCUCGUGACGCCGCUGAGAGUGGAGAAAUCUGAACCGCUUUAUCCUCUGAGAGUCGUUUCUGGCAGGAGUCGAGUACGAGCCUGCGGCGUGAAACCUCUCACCAUGACGGGUGAUUCGUUCAGGCACGGCCUUUUUACAACGUACGCACCGCUCGCCGGCCCCACGAGCGCUACUGAUUGAUUUUAGCAGAGACACUCAGAACAGGUCUGCACAGUGCAGGUCACAAACAAGUCGGCACUCGAAGACAGAAUCCGUGCUGAUUGUUAAAUAUUGUAAACGUUUUCGUUAGACUUGACUGUUACUGUAGCUUUGCAAAAAAUACUUUUGAGUCAGUGUGGCUGCCAAGGUGUCGUCGACCUCAUAAUCGCGUUCCAGUAUUAGACAGAGGAAAUUUCUGCCGUCCCUUGUUAGUCCUCCAUUAGCUAUUAAUGGACCUUGAGAUGUAGCCAUUAUCUUGAUGAAUAUAAUGAAAGUAUUCUUCAGUGUAAAUGUCUUCUUUUGUUUCCAACCUCUGAAUUUGGACUCAAGGCCACAGAGUCGCCUGAUGGUAACCUAGCAACGUCUUGUGGCAGAGUCCCGCACAUCACUACUGUGUUGGUGCUGAGUAACACAAAUUUCCGAGAGUUCAUCGAUGUGCGUGUCUUGGGGGACACCUUGAGACUUCAGCGGCAUCUGUGCGUUUCCGGGGAUUUGGGACAGUAAAACCGGGUUUGAUCAAGAGCCAUAGUGAGAGCUUUAUAUCUGAUGGAUGUGCGGUCUGUCAUCGUGAAGAAGUCACGACCUCCAAACACGUGUCGGCCACUAAAACCUUUCAUAUACUUUAGUGUCAGUCCUGUAUCUCACACCAGCAAACAAUAAAGCAAAAACUAUCUGCAGCUGAAAUUCAGGUCGAAGGGUUCAGAGGUUCCACGCGGCUGAUUUAUGGGGGGCAUGGCAAAAAUGUCAGCCGGCAGAAUGGCUCCAUAUAUCGCCCAGGUAAAUAGCUUCUCUGAUAUAUUAAAUCACUUCUCCAGCAAAUCAAAACACAGUUGCCAUUUUAAGUUUAAAAAAAAAAUCAUUUUUAUUAACAAAAAUAUUGCCGCAGUAGACGCACGUCCUAAAACUAUUCCAUCCCUCUAUUGAUUCUAUGAAGACCCGCUCGUGUAUUAUAUGUUUUCACAUGAUGACUUGACCUUUUAUUCCUUUAAAAGAAACUGUUUUAUUCACAGUAAAACAUUAGUUGGGUGGAAGCGACCUUCAGUGCGACGGGAGAGUAUUUGCCUUUGAUGUUGUGUGACGGACCGUCUGGACUAUUGUGCUCAUCUUUAUGCUGUAUCGUGUAUAAUAGUUUGACUUGACUCCGCUGAGUUGAACUGAGAUGAUUUGGGGGCAUGUUUCUGCAGCCAAGGCCGAUUCAUUCUUCUUUCAUCCGCUUUGUUUUAGGUCAAGCUGGCACAUUCUAAACUACAGAGAGACAAAACGCAAAAAAAGAUGGUGAAAUAUUUUGAGAACUUUUCCAAAAGAUGUAUAAAUACAUGAAUAAACAUAACUAGAAACACACUCAAGAGAGCACAGACUUCCACCAACACCGUCAUUUCCAUCCCUAUUAUUAUUGCCCUACAUUUCUUUUAUCCAUACGAAUUGAACACCAACUCAGACAGCAGGUGGCAGUAGCAUUUCGGGCUCUGACAAAGCAUGAUCUAUUGAUGUAUUCAAUGAAUUGGUACAAAAGGAAUUGGAACAGAUGUUCAUAAACCGUGGCUAGGAAAGUGCUCUUGAAAAUUCAUGAAUUUUAUAGUGUCACUACGACUUCAUGGGGACCAGAUGAAGACAGGCAAAGGGCAACAUGUGGCCCACAUGGAAGGAGACUCCUGAUCUUGUGUAAUCAUUCCAUACAACGUGCCUUGAAAGCUCGCGUCAUGUUCAAAAGCAGCAGUCGCGUUUGGUGAAUCACAAAUGUUUUGAAAGUAAAAGGUCAAGAAGUUUGGGGUUGGGCCAUGAAACCUUGUUUCGACACACGUGGUACAUUCCUGUAGACGCAGCCGCGUGUUCCGUUCAUCUGAGCUGCACUGAGGAUUUGAAUGUGAAACAACGGUAACACCAAAUUGCCGCCCAGGUUCGGCUUGUUAUCCUUUUUUUCAAAAUCCAUUUCCCAUUUCAACCCCGCUUCCUUUGUUCUCUGUGAAUUGAUUCUCUUCAAAGUUCCCCACCAGAUGAUGGAGUUCAAACGGCCACCUGCUUCCCCUCGCCUCUCUCAGCGUUGCUCUCUCAUCCAUCAUUCUUCCCACUUUAUGUCAACUGCACUUGCUGAGAGUUAAUUCCACAAGUGAUCCUCUUAGCCUCCGGCUGAUAACCUUCAAGCUUCCCGAGGCAUCUCCCGACUAUAAUACACGCUUUUGAUAACGUUGUCCACCUUGAGCACGGAGGUCAAAGGUCAACAAGUCUCAUCAGUGGACGUGCAUUGACAACUGGAGUGGAUCAGGUUACAAAUAUGAACUGAGAACCGGCGCAACCAUCACCGCAUGACAUUCAUUUCACGUGUUUCCGCCAUGUUAAUGUGACAUUUGGGCCAGCAGACCUCCUCAACCGAGUCCCUGGAGACUGAGGCAGACCUGCUGGGAAACCAAGUGGAGGGAUGAUUGAGUGGGUGGGCCGACUGUCACAUGCAGGUGGGUCUUUAUCUCCCACGUGAGAGCAGACGAAAGGAAGGCAAAAGAAAAGGCCAAUAUUUUGUACUGAGACAUUUAAAGGGAGUCAAUCAGAGUGUGUGCAUGUGUGCUGAGAAAAAGCUUUAAAGUGCGUUUCGCAAUAGUUGUGUACAAAGCCUAUCUACAGAUGAAUAUAAAUAUAUAUAUGAUGGAUAUUAUUACAGCACAGUAUUAUAUUACUACCAUGAAUGUACAAACCCACGCUUCUCGCAUCAAUGUUUGGGUAUUUUGGGGAUCACAACGUCUCUCGGUCUUUUGCACCUCUGCGUCGCAGUGUUUUACAGCUGUGACUCUGGACUGUACCGAGGUGACUCCAGGCUUGCAGCUUUCUUUCCUCGUCCUAC